AUGACGAAACGUUUGGAAACGGUGGCUAUGAUGGCCUGCCUGAAGACCCUCUUGAUGCUCUUCAAUUGUAUCUUCUGGAUAUUUGGCAUAUUGAUGUUAUGUAUUGGUAUAUGGAUGCAAGUUCAACUUCGUAAUUACGUCGAUAUGAAUUCCGAAGGCAGUGAGGCCGAAAGCCGAGCAGCUUUGUUAGCCAUAGCAAGUCUGGGCGCAAUUGUAACUUUGACAGCAACGCUUGCAUGCUGCUGCACAACUCGCGGUCACCCAGCUCUUUUGUACCUGUAUGGUGCAUUCUUAGCUGUCGUUGCAUUAGUGGAACUUGGAGUUGGUGCAUCGAUUUAUGCUUACCGUACUAAUUUAAAUGAAAAAUUCGAUACAAAUUUGAAUGACACUAUGGCCGUUUAUGGACAGGAUGCCAGAAAGACUUCUUACAUCGAUACCAUACAGUACACUUUGCAAUGUUGCGGUAAUAGAUGCUACACCGAUUGGUUGAAUAUGUAUCCUCCGAAAGCAAUUCCGCUCUCUUGUUGCAAAGUGGCAACAGAGACUUGUGAUACUAACGACACAGACGACAUUUAUACUCAGGGCUGCUACACUCGCAUGAUGGAUUGCAUAGUCGGCAACAUCGGCCUAGUCGCUGCUAUAGCAAUCGGCGUAGCUUUCCUCCCACUCGUAGGCGUUUUCCUAGCGUGUUGUUUAGCCAGCAACAUCAACAAAGUCAAGUACGAGCAGGUUGCUUAGAGUUUGCGUCGCUCGCGAAAGUAUCCAUCAUACCAGUAAGAGAAAUCUG